GCAACGUUCUGGCACAGCAACCUCUCCGGUCAAUGGCCAAGGUCCAGCCCCUUGCUGCCGCGGUCUCACCGUCGUCCUCCGACGAUCAACGGAGCCAGACGGCGUACACGGUGUGGAUGAAGUCGCUGGUCUUCAACGGCAACGGCUGCACGGUGUACGGACCCGACGGCGCCGUCGCCUUCCGCGUCGACAACUACGGCUGCAGGGGCGGCCGCGAGGUCUUCUUCAUGGACCGCGCCGGCAACGCCCUCAUCAGGAUCAGACGCAAGGGAUUUGGCGUGUUCAGGAGGUGGGAGGUCUGCCGGUGCGCCCACAACGGCGGUCAGGAGGAGGAGGAGGCGACACCCUGGUUCACUGUGCGCCGGGCCGAGAAGGGCGGGGCCGCCGUGGCCAUGCACGGCGGCGCGGGAACGUGCUACAGGGUCGACGGGUGCUGUGCGCGUACGUCCGAGUACAAAGUCAGCGGCGUCGAUGGCACGGUCGUGGCUGAGGUGGCUAGGAAGCAGACGCCGGCGGGGGUGGUGCUGGGGGAGGAUGUGCUGACGCUGACGGUGGCGCCGGAGGCGGAUCACCUGCUCUUGCUGGGUUUGGUCGUCGUGCGUGGCCUCGUCAAUCGCUCCUUGUGAAUUGUGAUGGAUGCCUGAAAUGUCAAUCCCCUUCUUCUCUAGCUAGGAAACGUAGAUGAUGAGAAAAACCUGUAGGCGGUUCAUCAGAGUGACAAUUCUUUUUUCUUAGAUAAACAAUUUAGGAAGUUUUUGCCCAAACUGAGUACAUGGUGACUCUUUUUGGUGUAGGUUUUUACCCUUCCUCAAAGGGUUUUCAAUACCAUAAUCUCAACUCAAUGAAGUCAGAUAAGUUUGUUCA